AGCAAAACACAGGACACCUAUGUUUUGCUACAACUCUACAAAAACAAAGCUACAACUCUGUAAAAACAAAGAAGAUAUUUAGGAGAUAUUCGGGCAAAUAUUCAGUUGCUAGACUUUUCCACUGCCACCAAGAGUCAAGAGUCAAGAGCCAAGAGUCAAGAGUUUGAACCUCAUUCAACAGAAGUAUGGAGGGGUAUGCGAUGACAACUGUCGACAUGGAGAGGGGCCUUGAAAAUAGCCUUGUGGACAGUGGCCCUGUGUACAAGACAACGGUGACAGCUGUUGCUGAGAGAAAGGCCUCCAGAGGUUGGCUAUGGAGGCUUUGUGGGGUCCUCUUAGUAGCAGCUUUAUGUGCGGCAGCAGCCCUGCUCUUUGCCUGGUGUCAGCAUGGAAGACUGGCAACGAUGCAGGACGGAAUGGAGCCUCAGCUGGAGAUACUCAUUGGCGCAAAAGAUACCCACCAUACAUUGAAGCAGAUUGCCGGCAAUGCAAAAGCAGCCAUCCAUUUAGAGGGUGAAUACAAUCCUAAUCUUACCGCUGACACAGUGCAGUGGAGAAAGGAUGACGGCCAGGCCUUUUCCCAGGGCGGGUUCAAGCUACAAGGGAACCAAAUCCUCAUCCCACACACUGGGCUCUUCUUCGUUUACAGCCAGGCUUCGUUUAGGGUCAAGUGCAACGGCCCGGGCGAGCGUACCACUCCUCUGAGUCACGUUAUUUGUCGCUAUUCGGACUCCAUCGGGGAUAAGGCUAAUCUACUUAGCGGGGUAAGGUCAGUUUGUCAACAAAACUACGGUAAUGCUGAGUCCAAUAUCGGCGAGGGCUGGUACAAUGCAGUUUACCUUAGUGCAGUGUUUCAGCUGAAUGAAGGGGACAAACUGUGGACUGAGACCAAUCGACUGACCGAUGUGGAGCCAGAGCACGGCAAGAACUUUUUUGGUGUGUUUGCACUAUGAUGAGAGAGAGGCAGGCCAGAGAUGAAUGUUUGUUGAAACAGUUUUACGUUAAAACUCUUAUUUUAGUUUUGCAAUUUUAUGGUAACUGAGCAAUCUCAAAGGAGAUAGGUCUAAUCUUAAUGGUUAUUUGUAAACUGAAAAAGUUUAAGAAAGUAUUAUUGUUUGUCCAUACAUGAUGAAUGUCCAUUCUCUGUAUUGUAGAUUUUGCACCAAAUAAUAUUAUGACUUUGAGUUAUUUAUAUUAACUUACUUUUUGUUUUUUUACUAUUUAUAUGGAAAUACAUAU